AUGCCGCUGGAAAGGAGACUACACCGUCUUAAGAUUUUGAAGGAAGAAGAGGAAUCUGAGGAGGAGGAUGGCGAAGAUGCAGAGUCAUCGAACAAAUUAAUUCCAUUGUUUGAAGACGAAUCAAAACAGUCAGAUGACCAAGUAGAUAAUAGCAACCUUGCAGUAGCAGAGAAUAAUGUUCCAUCCCAACAACUGCCAGAUCCAGAGACUACACUCGAGUCGUUCAGACAUGAAUGGAAAGUAGAGCUGACCUCAAAAAAUAAGUUGGUGAAGCCAAAAGAAUCACCUCAAUCGGGCAGUCUUCCAUCCCAAAAACACACUAAAACACUUUCGGAAGUCGUUAAAUAUGAGAAGGCUUCAACGCUAUUCCUGGAGGGCGCUGAACUGGAACGACGUGGUGAGGUUAGUGAUGCUGUGCAUCGUUACAUGGCUGCGGUCAGAUUGGUACCAGAUAUUGAAUUUCAAAUCUUCAAAAAUCGUCAUUCACGCACAAGCAACACGAAUAGUCCUGAUGCGAGAGGAGGCAGUACCGUCCCGGGUCGUGUUCGCUCCCGUUCACGAUCAGCCGCUUUGAACGGUGAAGAUCGGGAGAGCGACGAAGAAGACGCAGACCUUGAGGGUACCCUCAAGAAGCGAAUUGCUGACAGAGGCACGAUGAUUGAAGCGGAUAUAAGCGGUACUGUUUGUCCAUUCGCUUUGCUACCAUCCGAGCUGUUGUUGACCGUCAUGAAGUACGUUAUCGGCAGUGAACUAGACGUUCGUUGCAUUGAAAUGUUAUCGAUGACGUCUGCCGCCUUCUAUCUUCUUUCGAGGGAUGAAGAGUUAUGGAGACUGAUCUGUUUGCGAGUGUUUGGAGAGCAUCGUUUGACGUCGUAUUUGACUGAAUCGGAACUGUUCGGUUGUUGGCGUCAAAUGUUCAUCUCACAGCCACACGUCUACUUUCACGGUGUUUAUAUCGGAAAAUGCACUUACAUCAGACAUGGAGAAGCGUCUUUCCAAGAUAAAUUCUAUAGACCAUGGCAUAUUGUCGCAUAUUAUCGCUUCAUGAAGUUCUUCGCCGAUGGCACCGUGCUAAUGGUGACAUCAUCCGAGAAGCCAGCACAGAUUGUCAGUCAACUGAAAUCGAAAUCAACACGGUUGAGCGGAGUAAUAUUUGGACGAUAUCGAUUGGUCGGGCAAGACAUGAUAGCCGCACAGUUUGUUCGUCGCUGUGAAAAAUCUGAGCAACGAUCACGUCGUAUCCAACGAAUCCGUCAAGCUUACAUACCGCAUGAGGUAUCAGUUCAAGAGUUCAAUCUGGAGUUGAGAUUCGGCGACGGUAAGCGGCGUUCAGCGCAUUGUGUUCUACAGUGGGAGAAAUAUGAAUGUUCAUUCCGUUACCUGAAUGGUCAGAUCUCAGAGAGUUCGUUGGAUGUUGCUGAUCAUCAACUAUUUCCACCACUUCUCUUUAGUCGAGUCAAAAGUUUCGCCCAGCCAGAUGGCUGGGAUGAGCAGCUGAUGUAA